GAAAGAGACACCCCUCUUCACUGGGCAGCACAAUUGGGCCUGACAGAAACGUUGCCUUUCCAUCUGAGAGAAACUGGCGUGGACAGUCGCAGCAGUUUUGGCAAGACGCCCCUGCAUGAGGCGUCAGGUGGCGGACACACGUCAACUGUGCAAUUGCUGCUGGACAGAGGCGCAUCUGUGGCUGCGGCUGACAGGUGGAGAGGGACGCCCCUGCAUGGGGCGUCAAAUGGCGGACACACGUCCACUGUGCAAUUGUUGCUGGACAGAGGCGCAUCUGUGGCUGCGGCUGACUGGGACGGCAACACGCCCCUGCAUUUUGCGUCAUGGGCCGGACACACAUCAACUGUGCAAUUGUUGCUGGACAGAGGCGCAUCUGUGGCUGCGGCUACCCGGGACGGCUGGACGUCCCUGCAUCGGGCGUCAGGUGGCGGACACACGUCAACUGUGCAAUUGUUGCUGGACAGAGGCGCAUCUGUGGCUGCGGCUACCCAGUUUGGCAAGACGCCCCUGCAUGAGGCGUCAGGUGGCGGACACACGUCAACUGUGCAAUUGUUGCUGGACAGAGGCGCAUCUGUGGCUGCGGCUGCCAUGGAGGGCAACACGCCACUGCAUCGGGCGUCAGAGGGCGGACACACGUCCACUGUGCAAUUGUUGCUGGACAGAGGCGCAUCUGUGGCUGCGGCUACCCGGGUGGGUGACUCCACGGCAUUGUUUUGUCAAGCAACCUUUCCUGCGGAGUGA